AUGGAGGGUUGGUGUGGUGCUUCUUGCUGGGUCCUGUCGCUGCAGGGCUCGCUGGUCUUCCUGGUGAGUGGGCUGGCAGUGCUGGGCUACGCGGCGGCCCUCAGCGCCCAGCCCACCUACCAGGGGGUUGUCCGGGCGGUGUGCGGGGCUGCAGCAGGGAAGCUCUGUGAGGUCUGCUUCCUCCUCAACCUCUUCAUGAUCUCCGUGGCCCUCCUCAGGGUUGUGGGUGACCAGCUGGAGAAACUGUGUGACUCCUUGUACCCCAAUGGGACAUUGAGCGGGGCCCCCCCAAUGCCCCCCUGGUACGCAGACCAGCGCUUCACCCUCUCGGCUCUCUGCAUCCUUGUCAUCUUCCCACUCUCCGUCCCCAGGGAGAUCGGCUUCCAGAAGUACUCCAGCAUCCUGGGCACGCUGGCCGCCUGCUACCUCACCCUGGUCAUCGUCCUGAAAUACCACCUGCAGGCGGAGAGCCUGGGCUCAUCCGAGCUCUCCCAGCCCCCCAGGGCCUUCUCCUGGGCCUCUGUCUUCAGCGUCAUCCCCACCAUCUGCUUCGGGUUCCAGUGCCACGAGGCUUGUGUGGCCAUCUACAGCAGCAUGCGCAACCAGAGCUUCUCCCACUGGGUUGUCGUCUCUGUGCUCUCCAUGCUCAUCUGCCUGCUCAUCUACUCCCUCACUGGGCUCUACGGCUACCUGACCUUUGGUGAAGCCGUGGCAUCCGACGUCCUGAUGUCCUACCCAGGGAAUGACCCGGUCGUCAUCAUCGCCCGCCUGCUCUUCGGUGUCUCCGUCGUCACCAUCUACCCCAUCGUGGUGCUGCUAGGCAGGUCGGUGGUGUGGGAUAUAUGGGUGACCCCCAAGCGCAGGACCGCAGUGGUGCCUGACGUGCACGAGCGGCGGAGCCGGGUGGCACUGACAGUCGCCUGGAUGGCCACCACGCUCGCCAUUGCCCUGUUCGUCCCGGAUAUCGGCAAGGUCAUCGAGCUCAUAGGGGGCAUCAGUGCCUUCUUCAUCUUCAUAUUCCCAGGCAUGUGUGUGUGUGACAUGUUACUGGGAGUCAGUUCUGUCCCACCGGCCCCCUGCUCGUGUCCCUGCAGGGCUGCUCUCAUCACCUGGGGUGUCCUCUCCAUCCUCGGCGGCACCUUCGUCUGCGGGCAGAGCGCUGCCCUGGCCGUGCUGGGGCUGCUGCACUGA